UUCUUUAACAAAUGAAGUAUUUACAUUUAAAAAAGUGACAUUUGAUGAAGUGGAACUGCUGAUGAUGAUCAGAAUGGUACUGUUCAACAACGCAUAGUACACGUUUGGCGAUUUGUCCUCUUCGCUGUGUUUGUUAAGCAAAUUAGAUUUUCAAGACAAAUUUUUGUCAAGUUCGAAUUCUGAAGAUGGGGUCCAUGAGGACUCGAGGGAACUCCUCAAACGUUAAAGGCAUAUUUAUAGUGAUCUUAGUAUUAUCAUUGACACAUCAAGUAUUUACAUUUGUAGAAGUGACAUUUGAUGAAGUGGAAUUGCUGAUGAUGAACAGAGCGGAACUCUUCAAUGCUGCAUAGUUCACGUUUGGCAACUUAUUCUCUUUGCCAAGCAGUUAGGUUUUCAAGGCACAUUUUUAUAAUAAUUAUCUGGUGCUUUAUUUCAUGCAUGGUAUGAAAUAAUUUAUCUUAAAUACAGUCGAAUACCCUAUUGCGGGUAUCUUACCAGUCAAUCAUAGGGCAAAUCUGAAAUGUGUCAAGGUGGGUGCAGUGGCAAAAAAAGACAUAUUACCUCCUUUUCUACAUAAUUAGGCGUAGGACGCUGCUGUCUUUUUAAUUUCAUUUUAUGAAAUCUAAAAUUAACAAUAAUCGUUCUUUCACCUGUACCCCAUCUUAUCCCCAGGCAUGAGGCAAGAUGGGAAGGAAGGACUAUUUCCGCUUUUUUGAUUUUUUGAAGUUAUAAUAUGUUAAUUAAAUUCUUUAAAAUAAACUUACAUUUACUUACUAGUGUUAUGCGUGUUUUCUACACUAUAAUUCAGUGAUGGGAUUGAACACGAUUAACUAUUUAUUUUAUUAUAAUUAAGAGAUGCUAUCAAUGAAAGUUGUAUCUUCUCUCUUCAGUUGUUCUCUCAUGAGCAUGGUUGACGAUCGCGGUCAUCAACGGAUGAAUCUUCGCAUGUAUGUAUGAUACGUUUUCGUUUUCGGACCUGGGUACGUCCUUGAACUACGUCCAAAAGAGAGGUAUGGGCAUUGUGAAUGUCAUCUUGCUUUGUGUGGUAGGGCACAGCCAGUGGAUGUCAUUCCAGAUUUAGAGCAGAGCCCAACUGGAGAAGUACCUCCACCUUACAGAAAACAGCAGCCAAAUAACACUAGACCCUACUCAUAGUGUUGUGUUCCAGCCGGUGAGUAAGGUUGCCAGAGCUCAAUGAGGGGGGGGGGGGGUUCAGGGUCGGCAACGCGCAUGUAACUCUUCUGGAGUUGCAGGCGUACAUAGGCUACGGAGGCUGCUUACCAUCAGGCGGGCCGUAUGCUUGUUUGCCACCGACGUAGUAUAAAAAAAAAACGUACAUCUAAUACUACAAGGUUGAAAAACUACAAGGUUGCACACUAACAGAUAACAGCAACCAUAAAUAAUAUAUGUACCACUUGAGUAAAUAUAUAUUAUUGAAGGACUUAUUGGUAGCUAAUCGUAUUUAUAAAACCGAUGGUGUUACUUUACUAAUGGUAUUACGUUUUCGACGUACGUCGGGUAAACACUAUAUACUAAGGUAUGUUAAAAUUUGCUGCUAGUGAACACAUAGACUCGGUUCUUUGAGUUACCUACAUUUAUGUUGUUUGAUCGUUGCUUAUUUUCGGAAGUGUGAUUUGACACGUUAAUAUAUGGUCAGUGAUUUUUAUUCUGGGGUUUUGGAAUAAAUAAUACCUGUAAUUUAUCCGUAUUACUUAUGGAAUGAUAAUAAAUAUGUGCCCUUCAUAUAAAUUUUGAGCCAUGGAUCCAAAAAAUAUAUUAAAAAAACAUAAAAUAAAAAAUUAAUGAUUACUAUACUCUAUAUACUAUACUCAACGAGAACUAUAGUGAACAUGUUCGGUCUAGACGUUUUUGAAUUAUUACAAAAAGUUUUCUGUUCUUAGUAAAAAGACGUACAAAUCGCUGCGAAGGUAGCCCCAGUUUAGCAUAUUCCGACAGAAUGGUAACUACGGAAAUCUAACACUGAGCAUGGCCCGACAUGUUCCUGGUCGAAUUUUUAAUACUAUUUGCGAUUCGGCAGAAACACUAAAUAAUGCACUCAUCACUCUAUGCUGUGAUAAAAAAAAUAGUGGAUUUUGCUUUAUGAUAAAUCAUUAUACAAUUAAUGGAUUUCUAGUCCGUUCUACUUUCUAUUCCUGAUUAUUUGUGUGACGUUCUGAAUCAAAAGGUAUCACAUUGUCGCUUGCCAUAAGGACGCUCUGACAGAUUAUUCGUAUAAAGAUACAAGCAAAUUUCGUCUUUAUGGUAAGCGACAAAGUGGUACAUUUAAGUGGUAUUUGAUUGAGAACGUCACAUUUGUGUAUAUUUCUAUAGAACCUCGUCAUGUUUAGGUACAAUGCGCGACAAGAUAAAAGUUGAAAAGCUUGAUCCUGCAACACAUAAGUUAAUAAAUGGCAGUUUCAAAGGCCUUAUUUGCGCCCGUUUCGGCGACGGGGGCUAUCUGUUGCCAGCAAGCUACGCGGAUGAGGCCGAUAAAUUUAGGAACAUGGCCGUUCGGCCUGAUGACGUGUGGGUGACCACGUUUCCUCGAUCUGGUACAACAUGGACCCAGGAAUUGGUCUGGCUACUCAUGAAUGACCUUGAUUUCGACACGGCCUUAAAGAUUCCUUUGAAUAGCAGAUAUAUUACCCUUGAACGAAAUCACGUAAGAUAUCAGAAGGAAGUAAACCUGGAUUCAUUAGAUCCAAUACUGGUCCAUGAAUGUUCCAAACAAUUGCUUUCUUACGACGCGAUAAACAACGCGCCUUCUCCUCGGUUCUUUAAGACUCAUAUAGCCUUUUCGCUACUGCCCCUGAACCUGCUGGAUUCUGCCAAAGUACUGUACGUGGCCCGGGAUCCGAGGGACGUCGCUGUGUCCUUGUUUCAUCAUCAAAAACUUACUUGGUUUUAUCCUGGAGAUUUUAAAAGCUUUUGGAAUCUUUUCAUCAAUGACUUGGGAUCUGUCUUCAUCUAUAAAACGAAUAUCAGAUUUUCUUGGCAAAAAAGUCACGGACGAACAAAUUGCAAUACUUUGCGAGCACUUGGACAUAGAAAACUUCAGGAAAAAACGAGUCUGUGCAUCCGACGUGGAGGGCAGCGAUUUUCAACCCUGAAGCCGAGCCCUUCGUAAGAAAAGGAAGAUCAGGCGGUUGGCGCGAGUACUUCGACGAGGAGAUGGCGGCGCAGGCGCAGCGUUGGCUGCGCGAGGGGCUCGCCGGCUCCGGCCUGCGAUUCCCGCACGACAGCUCUUUGGCGUUUUGAGCACAGACCAUUAAACAAUGUAAUAUCAUGUUUUUUUAUUAGCCUGUUUUAGCCCUCUUUUUCUUUACUCAGCCCUUUCGUUUGUUAUUUUCGAGAAAAUUCAUUCAUUCAUAAUUCUUUGCAAUUAUACUAAGAAUGCUCGGAAAUAAUCCGCUCGCAUGGGAGUCGUCUCGUCAUUUCCAUUUUGGCCUGCCUUAACCCCGUCGGCCUGCAGCUCUUUCAAUGAUUGCCACCUUGCUUAACA